UUUUUAUUCUGGUAUUUGUUCCCCUAAAAUACUGUUCUUUGUGCGAGAAAUCCCUGUAUUUUCUCUCCAUAUUUCCGGUUCUUGAAGGUGUAUGCUGAAAUGGAAAAGAAGGGAGAAGAAAGAGAGAUGGGUAUGUUCUUUGAUGGGAUCAUAGAAUCCAUGCCUUUGUUUGCAAAGGAAUUGGUUGCUGGCGGCGUUGCUGGAGGGCUCGCAAAGACCGUCGUUGCUCCACUUGAGCGUGUCAAGAUUUUGUUUCAGACAAGAAGAGCAGAAUUUCACAGCGUAGGACUUUUUGGAUCAUUCAAAAAGAUUGCGAAGACCGAAGGAGUAAUGGGUUUUUACAGAGGAAAUGGUGCUAGUGUCGCUCGAAUAGUUCCCUACGCCGCACUUCAUUACAUGGCCUAUGAACAAUACCGAAGAUGGAUCAUUGAUAAUUUUCCCGACAUCACAAGAGGCCCUGUGCUUGAUCUUGUGGCUGGAUCAUUUGCUGGUGGAACUGCUGUGCUUUUUACUUAUCCUCUCGAUUUGGUUCGGACUAAGUUAGCUUAUCAGGUUGUUGGUCCACCAAAGAUUAAUGUGAAAGGUGUAGUUAACGCAGAACAAGUUUAUAAUGGAAUUCUUGAUUGUUUUUCAAAGACUUACAAAGGGUCAGGGCUCAGAGGUCUCUAUCGUGGUGUUGCGCCGUCACUUUAUGGGAUCUUUCCUUAUGCGGGGUUGAAGUUUUACUUUUAUGAGGAGAUGAAACGUCAUGUCCCGGAUGAUCAGAAGAAAAAUAUAAUGGUGAAUUUAGUGUGUGGAUCUGUGGCUGGGUUGUUGGGGCAAACUUUCACAUAUCCUCUUGAUGUUGUGAGAAGGCAAAUGCAGGUUCAAAGGCUCCUGGCGUCCAACAGUCCUGAGUUGAAAGGAACAACGGAAACACUUGUUAUGAUUGCUAAAAAUCAAGGGUGGAAGCAAUUAUUUUCAGGGCUGAGCAUCAACUACCUCAAGGUUGUACCAUCUGUGGCAAUUGGUUUUACAGUUUAUGACAUGAUGAAAUCAAGCCUGAGAGUUCCAUCCCAUGAUGAAGCUGCGAUAGAAGUGGUAACAAAUAAAAGAAAUACCCAAACAUCAUCUCUCCAUACAUGAUAAUGAAUAAUAUUCGAUCUCGUUGUUUCUUGUAUUCUCCAGCAAGGAGCUUUGCUUCACCUUUAUAAUUCUCAUGUUAUAAUUGACCAAACCGGGCCAUCUAACCUGUACAAUUAAAUUCAUUUAAGCUGGAAAAUUAGGGCUUCUAUAGGUUCCAUUCCCCCACCAGAUAAAUUUUGCAAGAGGUGGAGCUUGCAUAUGGGGUAAUAAAGUAUUUCAGGAUUAGAUUUAUAAACGAUGUACAUAAUUUGGAGGUAUCAAUUCAAUAAAGAAUAUUACUGCUGCUCUCUA